GGCCACACCACCAGGUCACCACCAGGCUGCGAGGCGCGAGCGGCGAGCCUGCGAAAUGUUUGGGGGGCUGGUAGUUUGAGACUCUCAGAGUGCCCGUUUUGAGUCCCCCUCCCUCUCACCUCUGCGAGUCUGCACUCUGCAGAGUGCUUGUCCUUGCCAUCGCCCAUCGGGCGUCGAGUCGUCGACUCGCCCAACGCCCAUUGCAGUAGGCCGUUGCAGCGCACUGGCACCGCCAACAGUGGCUGUCUUCGCCUUUUCUUCCUGUUGCACUGGCCGCCGGUUUUCUUCUUGAAUGUUCAUUGUUAAGAGACACAGGCUAGCCUGCUAGGGCACCGACGCCACCGAGUAUAUCAGAAGACUUUGUAGUGGUGCACUUUUUCUGGCGAGAGGCUGCCAGCGACGGGAACCCUCAGCGGAGUUAUUACGGAUGUGCACUCUCAAAAACUCUGUCGAGACUUCGGAGUGGAGAAGAAAGAUUCAAAAGAUCAGCUAAUUCUCAUCCAUCCAACAUAACACAUUUCUUUGGCCUUUCCUGUCAGAACUGAGACGUUGAGAUGAAGUUGGAAGAGAUGGACAUGGAGUCCUCCGAGCCUGAACUCUACCACAUAAUAUCCAAUGCUAUGCGCCUACGCUUGCCUGACUUCAGGGAGCAAGCAGACUCACUAACUUUAGAAGGCGUGAGAAGACUUCUAGAAAAGGAUCUGGGAUUGCAAAUGUUUUCAUUGGACACACAUAAGAGAUUUGUUAAGCAAUGCCUACAUGAGUGCCUCCAUGAUUUUGCUGAGGUGAACACAUCUAAGAACCUGGGAGAAGCAAAAACAGGAAAGCCAAAGACUUCUGAAUCUCUUAGCCUAGAAGAGGAGGUAGCAAAUGCUAAUUUGGCCAAUGAAAGGAAGGAAGAUGCAUCAGCAACUUUGACAGGAAAAACAGAUGAGAACCCAGAGGUAGAACUCAGACUGGAAGAAACUGAACAAGUAGUAAACGAGGACAUCAUACAUGAUGCUAUUCAACAAAGAGCAUCAUAUUUUAAGGCUCAUUCUGAGUAUUUCCGUCUGCAUUGUCUUACAUUUGCUUUCAGAACUGUCACUUAUUUGGGUGCUCGCCGUUUGCUUGAAGAGGAUCUUCAUCUUAAUAAAUUUGCUCUUGACCCUUACAAGAAUUUCAUCCGUGAGAAACUAAAUGAGGUGCUGGGUUCGGUUGCUGAAUCUGUAAAUGGGUCAAAGGCCAAUCAUCCUUGUGAAGUUUUCUCUAAUAAAGAAAGUAACAAGAAGCCUUCAAAACUGAAAGAGAAAGGUUUGAGCUUGUCAGAUUCAGAUAAUGUUGUUAAUGAUGAUGCACAAGAAAGAAAAGAGAAAAGGUCAAAUAUAGCAAAGCAGAGGAAGAGAAAGUUUGAAGACAAGAAAUUACAUGAAAUGAGCAAACAAGGAGACCGUGGUUUAGGUAAAAAGAGUGGGGAAAAACAAGUUGAUGCAAACUCCUCCAUGGAUAGCUCUCAAUCAUCCCAUGAGAAAUAUGUCAAGGAGAAAAAAUCAAAAUCAUCUUUGGAAUAUGGCAAGAAAAUUGAGCACCUGAAAAAUAUUAUCAGAUCAUGUGGGAUGUGUGUUCCACCGUCUGUGUACAAAAGAGUCAAGCAAGCUCCUGAGAGCAAACAAGUGUCAAGUUUGUUUAAGGAAUUGGAGGAUAUAUUAAGAAGAGAAGGACUGCCCUUAAAUCCUUCUGAAAAAGAGAUAAAAGAUGUGAGAAGGAAAAAGGAGAGAGAAAAAGAUUUAGAAGGCAUUGACACAUCAAAUAUAAUUUCAGGUUCUCGUAGGACGAGAACAAACUUUCCUAUGCCAUUAAAUCCAAAAGAUGAAAGCAGUGAGGACAGUGAAGGUGAUACUGAUGAUGAAGUUAGUGAUAGUGAUGAGAAGAACGAUGCACUACAUGAAGAUGAUGAAGAUGAAAGUGAUUAACUCCUAUGUGAUUCUGUUGCUGGUAACAACAAAGACAACCAUUUGUGCUUGACAUGGAGAGGGGUGGACGCAAUCUCAGAUGAGUAAGCUUGUGACUUGAAGAAGGCCUUCCUGGUGUGUAUAUUUGGUUUUGAAUGGUUUCGUAGCGGUUCAUUCCAAGACCACCUAUUAUCUGUCUUUUAACAUCUGUUGUAUCAUUAGAGAUGGCGAUUCCUUAAACCUGCUUUUAAAGUUGAUCCUUAUAGUGUGAUUUAUAACCAGUGGAUUGAUAGAAAUGCUGGUUAUUAUUAGACUGCAAUGAUGGUUGCUCUUUUAUCCUA